AUGGAAACUCUUGAUAAGUUAAAGGCGAAGCGCAAGAUAAUUCGUACUGCUUGUACAAAAUUGAUUAACAAGGCUUAUUUGUUAUUAGAAAGUUGUGAUAUUGAAAGCGAAAGUGAUCAAGAACAACUUUCGGAACAUUUAUCUAGUUUAGAAGCAAAACAAUUAGACCUCAAAAGCCUUAAUAGUGAAAUUGAGGAUUUAAUUUCUGAUAGUGCAUUGUUUGAUAUAGAAAUUCAAAGCUCUUUUGAAUAUGAAGAGCAAAUAAAUGAAGCUAAGUUCAAAAUCAAAAGUAAGAUCAAAAAGUUUAAAACUGAUCAACAGCCUAUCCCACCACUUGCUGCUAAUGGUUCUAACGCAGAAGAGAACCCUGGCAUUUACGCGACCUUACUUCAAACGGCUAACGUCCAGGCAGAAAAUGGUGCCAACAAGAUCAUGGCUAGACUUUUAUUUGACUCAGGAUCACAAAAGUCCUUCUUGCGCUGUGAUCUGAAACAAGCUUUAAAUUUAAAAUCAAUACGCCAAGAGAAGCUUUUAGUUUAUACUUUCUCGAACCGAGAACCAAUCGAGAAAAUAUUCGAUGUUGUACGAUUCAGAAUAAGGAGCAAAUUUCCCCCUUAUCAAUUCUUAAACAUUGAGGCUUUGGCUUCAGAAGAAAUAACUGGCGCGGACGUAUACUCGAACGUUGACCUCAAGCAUGUAAACAAAGUCAUUCCAGCCACCUGCAACCUUUCUGACUCCCUCGAAAAUUCCACCCCUAUCCAGAUCCUGUUGGGGGCGGACUUCCUGUGUAAUGUUCUAAGGGGAGAAGCAAAAAAAAUAAAUAAAAACUUGUUCUUGCAGCCGACACUCUUUGGUGACACUUUAAUUGGACAAAUCCCAGACUUGCAGAAAAGAAAACAUUCUUCCGUAUUUACUGUAUCUUGUGCUGUAGUGGAAACUGAUCUGAAGCGCUUGUGGGAGUUAGAUUCUUUCUUGCUCGAUGGGACUUCGGAAAAUAAAUCCAGGGAUAAUUUAGGUGAUUUCGGGAAAGAGCUUAAAAUAAAAAACGGACGAUAUGAAGCACCGUUGCAAUGGAAAACAAACGAAACGAAAGAAAAAUUAAGUAAUAAUUUUGACGUUGCGGAAAAGAGAUUCAUUUCUUUAGAGAAAAAAUUUAAUAAGGAUCAAGCGUUGUUUGAGAGGUAUAAUGCUGUUAUGCAAGAGCAAGUUAACGAAGGCAUAAUUCAGAUGUGUCAUGACGAAUGUAUUACUGGAUAUGUAAUGCCGCAUAGAGAGGUUUUCAGGGAAACUUCUUCCAGUACAAAAACUAGGAUAGUAUAUGAUGCCAGCAGUAAGCAAGGUAAUAAUAUUAGUUUAAAUGAAUGCCUUCUUUCAGGAGAAAAUUUAAAUCCUAACCUUAUUGAUGUUAUAUUAAAAUUUAGAGAGCAUAAAAUUGGAUUUUGUGGAGAUAUUGCUCGGGCCUUUUUACAAAUAGAAGUUGCGGAAUUGGAUAGGAACUAUUUAUGUUUCUUGUAUUAUAAAAACUGUGAUAGAUCUCAACCAGUAACAAUGUAUCAUUUUAAUAGACAUUGUUUUGGUGUAACUUGCUCACCUUUCGUUUUGGCUGCAACUAUUAAAACACAUAUCAAAGAAUACAGGGAUAAAUAUCCCCUUGCAUAUGAAAUGUUAAAUGAAUCGUUAUAUGUUGACGAUCUCUUUUGUGGAAGUUCCACUGUACAAGAUGCGUUAAAAUUGUCUUUCGAUGCUGUAUCGAUCUUGAAAGAUGCGAAAAUGAACAUGAGAAAAUUCGACACUAAUUCUGAAGAAUUAAAAAAUUUGUGGCGUAACUCUGAUUCCAUGAUUGAAAUUAAUGAACAGGCUGAUUCGCAUCUGAAAGUGUUAGGACUUGUUUGGAACAAUAUCGAUGAUACUUUGGGACUAGAUUUAAGAUCUUUGUUGUCAAACUUGAAUGACAACGAAUGCACAAAAAGAAAUGUGCUUCAUACUGCUGCAAAAUUGUUUGAUCCUUCUGGAUUUAUAUCUCCAUUCCUGAUUCGAAUAAAAUGUCUCUUACAAGAAUUAUGGCAAGCUGGUGUUGGAUGGGAUGAAGUGUUUUCCAGACAAUUAAAAGAAAAUUGGCAUGCAUGGUGUAAAGAAAUUAAAUAUUUGCAAAAUUUUAAAAUCCCACGUUACUAUUUUCCCGGCACAAACUUUAUAAAUAAGGAAGAUUUACAGUUACACGUAUUUUCUGAUGCUUCCUUGAGAUCUUUUGGAGCUGUUGCUUACUUAAGGUAUAAAACUUCCAAGAACUCUUUUCAGACAAGUUUUAAUAGCAAAACAUCUUAA